UGUAGACUAGUCACGUGACCGACAUUGUCUUAUUUUUUUCCUCACCGAGCGUUCGGUUGAGUGAUACGGGAAUUUGCGCUAUUUACUCGCUAUAAAGUGCUUUGUUUCGUUGACUUCCUCUUUGUUUUAUAUGUACUCGAUCUUCACAUAGAUGCCGGGAUUGAAAUAAGAGCAGGAAAUCUUUUGAGGAAGUGGAGUGACAGCGCCGCUGUAAAUCAAGAUGGCAGGUCUGUCUUUAUAUUUUGAAGAUGGUCAUGAUGAUUUGGAUGACUUUGGAUUCGAUGACUAUGGUUCGGAGUGUGAAGGGAUUCGGAUAACAGCAUUCCUGGAUGCAGGCCAGGAUAAUCUCACCCCUCUGGGCCGGCUGGAGAAAUAUGCUUUCAGUGAAAACGUCUUCAACAGGCAAAUUGUGGCUCGUGGAUUGCUGGAUGUUCUCCGGGAGUUCAGUGCUAAUGAAAAUGACUUCAUCAGUGUCAUGGAAACGGUUGCCAGGAUGUCUGAGGAUGGAGAACCGACAGUGCGAGCAGAGCUAAUGGAACAGGUGCCAAACAUUGCCAUGUUCCUCCAUGAAAAUCGCCCCAAUUUCCCAGAAGCUUUCUCACGGUACCUGGUUCCCAUAGUGGUCCGCUAUCUUACAGAUCCUAAUAAUCAAGUUCGAAAGACGAGCCAGGCUGCUUUGCUGAUACUACUUGAACAAGGUUUGAUGAGUAAACCAGAUAUGGAAGGAAAGGUCUGCCCUGUGCUUCUGGAGCUCACUGAACCCAGUAGUGAAGACGACCUGAAGAUCGAGGCUGUAGCG